CCGGCUCCCGCUCCCGGCAGGAUCCGGCCGCAGCUGCCCAAGGAGAAGAUCGAGGGCUGCCACGUCUGCACGUCGGUCACGCCGGGCGAGCCGCAGGUGCUGCUGGGCAAGGACAAGGCCUUCACCUACGACUUUGUCUUCGACCUGGACACGUGGCAGGAGCACGUAUAUGCCACCUGCGUGCGUAGGCUCAUCGAGGGCUGCUUCGAGGGCUACAAUGCCACGGUGCUGGCCUACGGGCAGACGGGGGCCGGGAAGACGUACACCAUGGGCACCGGCUUCGACACGGCGGCGGCGGCGGAGGAGCAGGGCAUCGUGCCCCGGGCCAUCGCCCACCUCUUCGGCGGCAUCGCCGAGCGCCAGCGGCGGGCCCGGGAGCAGGGCCUGGCCCGGCCCGAGUUCAAAGUCAGCGCCCAGUUCCUGGAGCUCUACAACGAGGAGAUCCUCGACCUCUUCGACGCCGCCCGCGACCCCGAGGCCCGGCACCGCCGCUCCAACAUCAAGAUCCACGAGGACGCGCAGGGCGGCAUCUACACGGCCGGCGUCACCUCCCGCCUCAUCAGCUCCCAGGAGGAGCUGAUCCAGUGCCUGCGGCAGGGCGCCCUGUCCCGCACCACGGCCAGCACCCAGAUGAACGUGCAGAGCUCCCGCUCCCACGCCAUCUUCACCAUCCACCUGUGCCAGACGCGCGUGUGCGCCCGGCGGGAGCCGGUGCACCAGGCGGUGACGGGGCUGCCGGAGGGCGCCGCGCCCGCCCCGGAGUACGAGACCCUCACGGCCAAGUUCCACUUCGUGGACCUGGCGGGCUCCGAGCGGCUGAAGCGGACGGGGGCCACGGGCGAGCGGGCGAAGGAGGGCAUCUCCAUCAACUGCGGCCUGUUGGCCCUGGGCAACGUGAUCAGCGCGCUGGGCGACCAGAGCAAGAAGGCGGGGCACGUGCCCUACCGGGACUCCAAGCUCACGCGGCUGCUCCAGGACUCGCUGGGCGGCAACAGCCAGACCAUCAUGAUCGCCUGCGUGAGCCCCUCGGACCGGGACUUCAUGGAGACACUCAACACCCUCAAGUACGCCAACCGGGCGCGCAACAUCAAGAACAAGGUGGUGGUGAACCAGGACAAGACCAGCCAGCAGAUCAGCGCGCUGCGGGCCGAGAUCGCCCGCCUGCAGAUGGAGCUGCUGGAGUACAAGGCGGGCAAGAGGGUGGCCGGGGAGGACGGCAGCGAGGGCUACAGCGACCUGUUCCGGGAGAACGCCAUGCUGCAGAAGGAGAACGGGGCGCUGCGCCUGCGGGUCAAGGCCAUGCAGGAGGCCAUCGACGCCAUCAACAGCCGCGUCACCCAGCUCAUGAGCCAGGAGGCCAGCCUGCUGCUGGCCAAGGCCGGUGACGGCAACGAGGCCAUCGGCGCCCUGAUCCAGACCUACAUCCGGGAGAUCGAGGAGCUGCGGACCAAGCUGCUGGAGAGCGAGGCCAUGAACGAGUCGCUGCGGCGCAGCCUGUCCCGGGCCGCCGCGCGGGGCCCCUUCCCCCCGGGCUCGUCCCCGGGGCCGGGGCUGGGGGGCCCGGCCGGGCCCAUGGAGGACGCCGCGGACGUGAUCCGCCGGGCCAAGCAGGACCUGGAGCGGCUCAAGAAGAGGGAGGUCCGGCAGCGGAGGAAGAGCCCGGAGAAGGAGGCCUUCAAAAAGAGGGCGAAGCUCCAGCCGGACCCCGGCGAGGAGACGGACGAGAACGAGGACAAUGAGGUGGAGGAGGAGGAGGAGGACCUGGACGAGGAGGAGGAGGGCCGUGAGGACGAGGACGAGGACUCGGGCAGCGAGGAGAGCCUGGUGGACUCGGACUCGGACCCCGAGGCGAAGGAGGUGAACUUCCAGGCCGACCUGGCCGACCUGACGUGCGAGAUCGAGAUCAAGCAGAAGCUGAUCGACGAGCUGGAGAACAGCCAGCGGCGGCUGCAGACGCUCAAGCACCAGUACGAGGAGAAGCUGAUCCUGCUGCAGAACAAGAUCCGGGACACCCAGCUGGAGAGGGACCGCGUGCUGCAGAACCUCAGCACCAUGGAGUGCUACACGGAGGAGAAGGCCAACAAGAUCCGGGCGGACUACGAGCGGCGGCUGCGGGAGAUGCACCGGGACCUGCAGAAGCUGCAGGCGGCGCAGAAGGAGCACGCGCGGCUGCUCAAGAACCAGACCCGCUACGAGCGCGAGCUGCGGCGGCUGCAGGCCGAGGUGGCCGAGAUGAAGAAGGCCAAGGUGGCCCUGAUGAAGCAGAUGCGGGAGGAGCAGCAGCGGCGGCGGCUGGUGGAGACCAAGAGGAACCGGGAGAUCGCGCAGCUCAAGAAGGAGCAGCGGCGACAGGAGUUUCAGAUCCGCGCUCUGGAGUCCCAGAAGCGGCAGCAGGAGCUGGUGCUGAGGAGGAAGACGCAGGAGGUCUCUGCGCUGAGGCGCCUGGCCAAGCCCAUGUCCGAGCGGGCGGCGGGGCGCGUGGGCCCCAAGCCCUCCAUGCUGGACUCGGGGGCCGAGGUGUCCGCCAGCACCACCUCGUCCGAGGCCGAGUCCGGCGCCCGCUCCGUGUCCACCAUCGUGCGCCAGUGGAACCGGAAAACCAACCACUUCCUGGGCGACCACACCGCAGCCACGGCCCACGGCGCCCGGCCCGCCAGGAAGAAGCUCCAGAAGAGGGGCCAGGCCUCCAGCCAGGCGGCGCGGCUCAAGUGGCAGUCGCUGGAGCGCAGGGUCAUCGACAUCGUGAUGCAGAGGAUGACGCUGGCCAACCUGGAGGCCGACAUGGAGAGGCUCAUCAAGAAAAGGGAGGAGCUGUUCCUCCUGCAGGAGGCACUGCGGUGCAGGCGGGAGCGGCUGCAGGCGGAGAGCCCGGGGGACGGGGGGCUGCAGGAGCUGGCGGAGGAGCUGGAGGCGCUGGCGGCCAACAUCGACUACAUCAACGACAGCAUCUCCGACUGCCAGGCCACCAUCGUGCAGCUGGAGGAGACCAAGGAGGAGCUGGACUCGACGGACACGUCCGUGGUCAUCAGCUCCUGCUCGCUGGCCGAGGCCCGCCUCCUGCUGGACAACUUCCUCAAGGCGUCCAUCGACAAGGGGCUGCAGGUGGCCCAGAAGGAGGCGCAGAUCCGGCUGCUGGAGGGACGGCUGCGGCAGACGGACCUGGCCGGCCCCGCCCAGAACCACCUGCUGCUGGACGCCCUGCGGGAGAAGGCGGAGGCGCACCCCGAGCUGCAGGCCCUCAUCCACAACGUGCAGCAGGAGAACGGCUACACCAGCACCGACGAGGAGGUUUCCGAGUUCUCCGAGGGCAGCUUCUCCCAGUCCUUCACCAUGAAAGGCUCCAGCAGCCACGACGACUUCAAGUUCAAGGGCGAGCCCAAGCUGUCGGCGCAGAUCAAGGCGGCGUCGGCCGAGUGCCUGGGGCCCCCGCUGGACAGCGCCACCAAGAGCAUCACCAAGUCCCUGGCCUCGCUGGCGGAGAUCACCGAGGGCGGAGCCGGCCUGUCCCUGCGAGGCCUGUUCCCCCGGGACAGGGUGUCCCGCACCGUCAGCCUGCCCACCCGCGGCAGCACCUUCCCCCGGCAGUCCCGAGCCGCGGACACGUCCCCGCUGAGCCGCAGGAAGUCCUACGACCGCGGGCAGCCGGUCAGGUCCACAGACGUGGGGUUCACGCCCCCCUCGUCCCCUCCCACCCGGCCACGCAACGAUCGCAACGUCUUCUCGCGUCUGACCAGCACCCAGAGCCAGGGCUCCGCGCUGGACAAGUCCGAUGACAGUGACUCCUCUAUGUCCGAGGCCCUGAGGGGCGCCAUCACGCCGGUGGGCGGAGCCAAGGGCGGGCGGACCGCCCCGCUGCAGUGCGUCUCCGUGGCCGAGGGCCACACCAAGCCCGUGCUCUGCCUGGACGCCACGGACGAGCUGCUCUUCACCGGCUCCAAAGACCGCAGCUGCAAGAUGUGGAACCUGGUCACCGGGCAGGAGAUCGCCGCCCUCAAGGGCCACCCCAACAACGUGGUCUCCGUCAAGCACUGCGGCCACUCGGGGCUGGUCUUCUCCGCGUCCGCCGCCUUCGUGCGCGUCUGGGACAUCCGGGACUCGGCCCGGUGCAUCCGCACCCUCACGUCCUCGGGUCAGGUGAUCGCGGGGGACGCCUGCGCGGCCACCUCCACGCGCGCCCUCACCAGCGCGCAGGGCGAGCACCAGAUCAACCAGAUCGCCCUCAGCCCCUCGGGCGGCCUGCUGUACGCCGCCUCGGGCAACGCCGUGCGCGUCUGGGAGCUCAGCAGGUUCCAGCCCGUCGGCAAGCUGACCGGCCACAUCGGGCCCGUGAUGUGCCUCACGGUCGCCCAGACGGCCAGCCAGCACGACCUGGUGGUCACCGGCUCCAAGGACCACUACGUGAAGAUGUUCGAGCUGGGGGACAGCCCGGCGGGCACCGUGGGGCCCACCCACAACUUCGAGCCCCCGCACUACGACGGCAUCGAGAGCCUGGCCAUCCUGGGCGGCGUGCUCUUCAGCGGCUCCCGCGACACCGGCGUCAAGAAGUGGGACCUGGAGCAGCAGGAGCUCAUCCAGCAAAUCCCCAACGCGCACAAGGACUGGGUGAGCGCGCUGGCCUUCGUGCCCGGCCGGCCCAUGCUGCUGAGCGCCUGCCGCGCCGGCCUCCUCAAGGUCUGGAACGUGGACAGCUUCACGCCCGUGGGCGAGAUCAAGGGCCACGACAGCCCCGUCAACGCCGUGUGCACCAACAGCAAGCACGUGUUCACCGCCUCCAGUGACCGGACGGUGAAGUUCUGGAGCGUCCGGCGGCUCCCCCGGGGCCCACCCUAGGCCGGGCCGGAGGACACCCAAGCCUCGCCCCGCCCCCACAGCCCGGAGGCGUGGAGGGGACACGUGGCCGUGGGGCGGGCGGCUGGGCGUGGACCGUGGCGGUGGCUCCUCCUGCUCUCCUCCCCUCGGCCUCCAGUGAUGGAUGGACA